AUGAACCCCAACUGCGCCCGGUGCGGCAAGAUCGUGUACCCCACGGAGAAGGUGAACUGCCUGGACAAGUUCUGGCACAAAGCAUGCUUCCACUGCGAGACCUGCAAGAUGACACUCAACAUGAAGAACUACAAGGGCUACGAGAAGAAGCCGUACUGCAACGCACACUACCCCAAGCAGUCCUUCACCAUGGUGGCCGACACCCCUGAGAACCUCCGCCUCAAGCAACAGAGCGAGCUCCAGAGCCAGGUGCGCUACAAGGAGGAGUUCGAGAAGAACAAGGGCAAGGGCUUCAGCGUGGUGGCCGACACCCCGGAGCUCCAGCGGAUCAAGAAGACCCAGGACCAGAUCAGUAACAUAAAGUACCACGAGGAGUUUGAGAAGAGCCGCAUGGGCCCCAGCGGGGGUGAGGGCACGGAGCCCGAGCGCCGAGACUCCCAGGACUCCGGCUACCGGAGACCCCAGGAGCAGCAGCCUCACCACAUCCCGACCGGCACCCCCGUUUACCAGCAGCCCCCGCAGCAGCAGGUGGCCCCGUCCUACGGCGGCUACAAGGAGCCUGCAGCCCCGGUCUCCACACAGCGCAGCGCCCCAGGCGGGGGCGGGAAGCGGUACCGCGCCGUCUACGACUACAGCGCCGCGGACGAGGACGAGGUCUCCUUCCAGGACGGGGACACCAUCGUCAACGUGCAGCAGAUCGACGACGGCUGGAUGUACGGGACCGUGGAGCGCACGGGCGACACGGGGAUGCUGCCGGCCAACUACGUGGAGGCCAUCUGA